AUGUCUGAACACAUCACCAGCAGAAGCGACAGAGACUCCGCAGACGUGGGCGAUGUCAAUCAGCUCCCCUUGACACAGCCAAAGGUUUCAGAUGACAUAUCACUCGUUGUCGGGGCUAACAGGGUUCCUUUCAUCAUUUCCCGAAAAGCCCUCGCCCUCGCUGGCCCAAUGCUAGCAAUGGCACUCUCAGAGAGUCUUCAAACAGUAGUACCAGAUGUUCAUUCUGUCGAAUGGCCCGAGGAGAGUCCAUAUGCCGUUGAGAUCGUCUUAAACAUUCUUAAUGGUCAUUUUAAGAAGAUUCCACAGUGUUCCCUCAGCUUGGAACAGCUCUCUGCCCUGGCAAAGUUUGUCGACAAGUUUGAGAUCCAAUCUACCAUCUCUCCAUUCUACCGAAAAUGGGUCCAGGACCUAGAUCAGGAGCUCUCCUGCGCUGAAGAUCCAGCGCACUUCAAGAUAUAUUGGGCUUUUGGCCUAGAGAGCUACUUCUCAAGCCUUGCGCACACGAUGGUCCUUCAUACCCACGAAACAGAUAAUUCUUAUGAUAUACGGAUGCACAUUGAGAGCUUGAAGAAGAUAGAUGCUCCUCCACGAAUUAUCAGUAACAUUCUAAAAAUUCGUCAGGAUGCUAUCGGAAGAGUUCUCCAAUGCCUGAGUAGUCGAAUUUCCAGGGCCUAUUCCGGCGUGGACUGCAGCACUUCACAUAGGAAAGAUAAAUGCUACACUAUCACCAUGGGCUGUAUUACCAAAGCCCUCCUGCUAAAGGGACUGUGGCCUAUUCCGAAAGCCAAAGAUGUGAAGCACAGCUUAUUAUAUCUGUGCCAAGAGGUCAAAAAGAUUAAAGCAAUACCCUACCAAGAUUCUACCAACGUGCACGCCGGGUGCGCGUAUAAGUUCAAGUUAAAAUCUGACAUGGUCACAAUUUUAGACCAUCUACCAAGUCCGCUAGACAAUGGACAUCAAAUUUACUUCAGAGAGGUUGCGAAGAGACUCUAG